GCUUCACAUUAAUUGCUGCAGGUCACGGAAGUCAUUUGACAACAUUCAGGUUCUUUUCCGGUGACCUGAAAAGGCUGCGGUCGCCUCGUACGUAGCCUGCGCUCGAUGCCUCACGGGCGGACUGAACAGGCGCGGCGGUGGAACAGCGAGCCAGCGUCAGAUCUCCCAAAGAAAAAAAACGCUCAGUGGCAUGAAUACCGCCAUCAACGCCACCUUUGGAUGUUCGACCAUGAUUUGGACAUUCCGCGAAAUCCGGAUUUGACAUAUUCUCAUCCUCCCGGUUAUUCUUCCGAGUACAAAGGACAAUUCAAUACAUGCAAUACAUACCGUCCUUCGCAUCCCAUGGAACUGGAAUGUCUACAUUCAAUUUCGUGCGUUACAAGUUCCAGAAAAUUCGCUCUCAACCCUCCAAUGGCAUCAGAUCAACGGCAUCAAUUGAAAGAUAUCAGCCUCUCAUGGUGCCUAAAAUCGACCGAUCUUUUUGGCUGACAACGGCUCGGCACAACCCGCCAAAGAUUCUCCAUGUAGGCAUCUCACGAUCGAAGCUUGCUAUCCAAUUGCACUCGACAUUGGACGAAGGAUUUGGUCCUCCUCAUCCAAUCGUUCAAUUCUUUCCCCUCGACAAGAAUGCAAUGCCAACGUUCUUUCCAGCCUCAUCAUUCGACCCUUUCCGCCAAGCGGAUUUUCCCCAGCUCGCAUCGAAUAUCACAACUCAUCCUGCAUCCUAUUGUUACCUCGACAUCGAUGCAUUAUUAGCUCAAAAGAAUUCCCCGAACCCAUUUAUUAUAUCAACCUUAUCUUGACCUACCAACACUUCCCACGCAUGAUGGCAUUUAACCAAAAUAUUACCCUGUCUUCUAGAUUUGAGGAUCAUCACAGGGUCGCCAGUGAGGUUAGUGGCUGUUGAAGCGAAUUUCGACCCGUGGAGCCAUUUCAGCGGUUGUCCCAAAAUAGCCCCGACUAGAUAUUGGUCUCAAAGUUGAAUGCGAGUGCCUGAUAGACAGCGCAAACAUGCUUCGAAUUGCAUGACAUUAUGACGCGAGCGAGUGGAUUAAGCCGAAGUCGGCAGAUGCAAAGUGGUUUCAAAGAUGCCAAGGCUUUGUGAUUCACGUGAUCGUUUUUGAGAGCGUGAUCACAGACUUAUUCGAAUCAUCUGAAGGGAAGUUCUUGAGCGUAAAUCUACCUGUCACUGCCAUUUGCAAACUAGAAGCUUGGACGUGAG